AUGGCGAUGCCAGCAAAUCAGACCCAAGCAGGGCCGCCCUAUCUUCCUCAGGUUUGGUCCUUAGGGGGAGUGGCCAAGGACACCCCCGAUCUCGCCGCCUCAGGCGCAUUCCUAGGCCUGUUCAUCUUGGGCGCCGCGGCGCACAUGCUCAUCCACCGGGCAAACAAGAAAAAAGGCAAAAGAUUUGGCAUCUCCCACUUCAUCUUCGGCUUCUGCUGCGCCCGCAUUUCGACCCUCGUCCUCCGCAUCCUGGUCGUCAAAAACCCGACCAGCGUCGGCACAGCCAUCGCUGCGCAGGUCCUCAUCCUCUCCGGCGUGCUGCUGCUCUUCAUCGUCAACCUCAUCUUCGCCCGCCGCAUCAUCCGCGCCCAGCACCCGCGCCUCGGCUGGCACCGCACCGUCUCCGCCGGCUUCAUUGCCCUCUUCGUGCUCAUCGGCGCCACACUCGCCGCCACCGUCGCCGUGACCGUGUUGAUGUUCUACACGCUGAACCCGGACACGCGGCGCGCCGCGCGCGGCGUCCAGCUGUACGCGGCGACGUUCCUGGCGGUUGUGGCGACGUUGCCGAUGCUGAUGAUGCUGCUCGGCGUGGUGCUGCCGCGGAGAACGCGCGUGGACAAGUUUGGCGAGGGUAGAUUUCGGACGAAGGUCUUGGUGGUGCUGUCGGCGAGCAUGCUGCUCUCUUUCGGCGCGUGGUACCGUGCGUUGACUUCGUACAUCGACCCGGUCCCACGGAGCGAGCCGUUACCCGGGUACUUCGGCAAAGCGCCAUUCUACAUCGUUAUCUUCGGCGUGGAGAUUGUGGUGGUGUGGCUCUAUUUCUUCCUUCGGAUCGAUAAACGAUUCAGAACUCCAGAUGGCGCAAAAGGACCGGGGUCGUACGCGGCGGGCCAAGGACUUACUCCCCCAAAACCAGGGUCGGACAUUAUUUAUACGGAACUCGGGUCCGUCGAGGAUCAGUACCACCGUCGAGGAGCGUUUUAG